AUGGCACCACACGGCAGUAACAACAACGGAUCAGGAACGACACAGGGGUCACAGACUAUCAGUCUUUCCCAAGCACCACCAGUAUUAACUCUUCGUGCAUUGAAUACGGAUCAUAGUAAGCAAAACCAGGAUAAUAAGAAGACUAAUGAGAAACCAAAUAUUAGAUGGGAACAAGGAACGGUAGAUAACGAGAAUAUGGGUAAAAAGAAGACUAAAAUUUGUUGCAUUUUCCAUCCUCAAGAUGAAGAUGAUGAGUUUGCAGAACCUGAAGUACAUAUGCAUAAUAAACCGUCUGAUUCAGAAUCAGAUUCUAGUUCAUCUUCAGGUGAAUCGGAAGAUGAUAAUAAGAAGGGUUACAAUUUUGAAGAACGUAGAAAAAGAAGAUUGGAGAGACGUCAUAUGAAACUGGCUAAAGAAAAUUCAAUUGAACCAAAUGCUUACGAAUUUCAACCUGAUUAUUCACAUAGGAGAGCCCAAAAUAGUAUAAAUUCUCAUCCUUGA